AUGGGUGACUUACCACGCGACCGCGUCAGGGCCAUCCGAUCAUUCGCUGAAGUCGGAAAAGACUUUGCUGGCCCAUUCCUCGUCAAGUCCUCCAACCUUCGUAACGCGUGUUCACAUAAGGCCUAUCUGUGCGUUUUCGUGUGCCUCGCCACUAAGGCCGUUCACUUAGAACUUGUAAGUACCCUGAGCACUGAAGCCUAUGUGGCCACGCUGGGCCGCUUCGUAUCGCGUCGCGGUUUGCCGGACCUGAUCCAGUCUGAUUGCGGAACAAAUUAUAAGGGCACGGAUAGAUAUUUGAAAGAGGUCGUCGUUCUGUCCAGCAACAGGACUUAUUUAGGUACUGCGAUGUCCAAGAAGGGCAUCCAGUGGAAAUUCGACCCUUCGGCUCGCCCACACUGGGGCGGUAUUUUUGAGGCGGUGGUUAAGAUUGCAAAAACGCAUCUCCGUCGCGUUAUUAGCGAAACUAUUUUGACAUUUGAGGAGCUUGCCACUGUAUUCUGUAAAAUUGAGGCGGUACUAAACUCUCGGCCCCUCUGUCCCCUCUCGUCCGAUCCGAAUGAUUUAGAGGUUCUAACCCCGGGCUACUUCCUGAUUGGCCAGCCGCUUAAGGCCCUGCCCGAGUACCCCUUUAGGGAAAUAAACUCUUCGCGGUUUAGCAGAUUUGACCUGCCGCAACAGAUGACCCAGAGUUCUUGGCACCGAUGGUCUCUGGAGUACCUACAUCUUUUGCAGAAGCACGUUAAGUGGUCUAACAAGACGGAUCUUCCUCGGGUUAGAGACCUCGUGUUAGUUAAAGAACCCAACGCUUUGCCUUUGUAUUGGUGCCGUGUGCGCAUUGUUAAGUUGUCGUAUGGAUCGGAUGGGGUGCCUAGGGUGGCCGAGGUUUUGGUUGGAGAUUCGGUCUUGCAACGUGUCGUCGCGACCCUAUCCCGUUUGCCAAUUUACUCGCGGACAUAA